UUUGAUUUUGUUCCCCGGAUUCUUUACAAUUCAUGACAGUUUGAACCAAGUUUUAUUUAAAAUGGGACAGAUAGAAUGGGCGAUGUGGGCUAAUGAACAAGCACUGGCUAGUGGCGCAAUAAUUUGUGUUGGUGGUAUCAUUGGAGUGAAUGGAUUCACAGGCUGGGAGUUUGGUGUGUACGCUAUCAUUGCUGGUUUUCUAAUAUGUAUCUUAGAAUAUCCACGUAGUCGACGGGUAAAAGGGAGCACCAUUGAAAGAACAUUUCAGAGAAUUUUGAAUCCUGUAAUGACUGUUGGUGGCACUGUAACUCAGAAUUACUAUGUGCGAUUUGUAACUUACAUGAUAGCUUGUGUUCCAUGUGCAUUUCUUCUGCCUACACUCCUUGGUGGCAUGUGUUUAUUUAUUGCCAGUCUCAUCUACUUCAAAGCAGCUUUUGCUGGUGAAUACUGGAAACCUGUUGGUGUGGAAACCAGAAAAAGAACAAUAACUACAAAGCCUCCAUCUAGACCACCACCCAGACCACCAGCUGCUGCAUCAACUUCGUUUCAAGAAGAAGAUCCAAGACCAACAGAUACAUAAUAGUUAAUGAUUAUUAUAAGCGGUGUUUUUCCAGUUUUGUAUAUUUAUUUUGUAUAAUACAUAUCAAUGACAUCUAUUGUUUUCUUGAAAGUAAAACUCACCAUGCUUGAUAGGACAUGGGAGAAGACUGCAAUGUCAAUGGCCAAUCAUGAUAAAACCACCAUGCUUAACAGUAGACAUACCGAUAAUCACUAUCAGGCGAACUCAGGUAUUUGACUGACCUUUUUUUUAUGAUUCUAACUUUUCUCAUAUUCUGCAAAAAAAAAGUUUGGAGAAUGCAAAAGUCAUACACUGUUUCAGACCUCACUCACUUCUUCAGACAUUUCUGCAUUGAAAUUUUAAUCACAUUUUUUUACCAAUGUUUUAUAUUACCGGUAUGUUUUUUCAAAUUGAUUCCACGUGCUUGUCAAUCAAACAUGGUGUGAACAAUAGCAUCACUGAACACAAUCACUGAAUCCAAUCUACUGUAAAAGUAUGUACCGGUAUCACUGAAAAAAUGAAUUUGAC